AUGGACACGUGGCGCAGAGAUUCAUUAAUCAUCGAAAAGUCUUUUCUUACAUCUUUCACAAAGGAGAACAAAUCUACGCCAAGUAAGUGAAACAUCUCUUCCUCUUGUAGCUUUCUCUGUAGGACCCCAAAAGAUGUAAACUUUCUAAUCAAACUGAACAUAUCUAUGGUAUAGGUAAAUCAGGUAAAAAAGCUGACAUGGCAAAGUGGUGAAUCUGCAGCGACCAAUGAGAAUGUGACAAGUAAGCCUCUGGUGAAGAGAUUAGGAUGCUUAUGAGCCACAAGUUAUCAAGGGCCUGCCUAGUCACUUCCUUUUUGUCUGUUUGUUGACUUCAACUGUAUCGAUAUGUAUCCAAAAAAUCAACUCUUAACUCGUUUCUUGUUUGAAUUUUAUAAUAAAUCAAAUCAUCCAUAAAUUA